ACAGUACCCUCCGUUAUCCCCCUUUCGCCCACAGAAUACACGCAAUAUCAGCUGGAACGCACGGCCAUGUUUUGUGGAGUUGCGGUUUGGAACGCGAGUUUGCUGAUAGAAGGAAGUGAGGUAAAACCUGAGACAAACUCCUUCAUAAUUGCACUUUCGUCCCACACUGGAGCAUUAAUGCCUUGUGCUGAGCUAAAGGACGGAACUAGUGGAUGAGAGGUGUCAUUUACUACAUCGCAGGUAUCUGAAUUACUGUUGCACUUACUGGAGGUUAUCAUGAAGUCAGAUGACUGCCUGAAUGAUGUUAGUAUUGAAACUGAGAACUUAAAUGGCGUGGACUUGACAAAAUUCUCUGGGGAGGCCCAUUUAUUGUCUAAUGGCACAGCGCCUCCAUAUAUAAAUAAAGCUCUACCAAAGGCUCCCAGCUUCAAACAAAAAUGUGCCACUUAUGUGCUGGCACUACGUCCCUGGAGCUUUAGUGCCUCUCUUAUUCCAGUAGCAUUGGGAACUGCCAUUGCCUAUCGCUCUGAAGGCUCAUUGGAUUUAUUGCUUUUUGUUGUCUGUGCUGUGGCAGUGCUAGCUGUGCAUGGAGCUGGGAAUCUAGUAAACACAUACUAUGACUUCUCCAAAGGUAUUGAUCACAAGAAAAGUGAUGACCGAACCUUGGUAGACCAUAUCCUUGAACCGCAGGAUGUUGUGCGGUUUGGUGUUUUUCUUUACACUUUGGGUUGUUUGUGUGCUGCCUGCCUCUACUUCCUAUCCAAGCUGAAGCUGGAACACCUGGCUCUUAUAUAUUUUGGAGGACUGUCUAGUUCGUUCCUUUAUACGGGAGGAAUAGGAUUUAAGUAUGUUGCUCUGGGAGAUCUUGUAAUCCUUAUCACAUUUGGUCCACUGGCUGUUAUGUUUGCUCAUGCAGUGCAAGUUGGUUACCUUGCAGUAACUCCUUUGCUGUAUGCUGUGCCCCUUGCUCUCAGCACAGAAGCCAUUCUUCAUAGUAACAAUACUCGGGACAUGGAAUCUGAUCGACAGGCUGGCAUAGUAACGCUUGCCAUUCUCAUUGGCCCAAUGUUUUCAUAUAUGCUGUAUAACUUGCUUGUUUUUCUUCCGUAUCUUAUAUUUUCAAUCCUUGCAACAAGGUACACGAUAAGCAUGGCCUUGCCACUGCUCACUGUCCCACUGGCUUUUUCUCUAGAGAGACAAUUCAGAAGUCAAAACUUCAACAAAAUUCCACAGAGGACAGCCAAACUCAAUCUCCUUAUUGGCAUUUUUUAUGUUUUUGGAAUUGUUCUAGCCCCAGCUGGCUCUCUUCCGUGACUAUAACAAAAAUCUUUAUACCUUUUUAUGGUGUAUUCAAGAGGGUAAUUAUAACACAAUAAAAUGAUGAAAAUAUGAAAAGGUCACAGUGGUCCUGUUACCUCAGAUUUUAUUUAUUUUGUGUUUUAUGUCAUCACCAGACAAAAUUUCUACUGUAUCAAAAUAUUCAGUAAACUGUUUAAAGGUACCCUGUUUAUAUCCCUAUUUGUAAUGCCACAAUGAACUGUUAAGCUGUUUAGCGGACAGGAAGACAUGCAAAGGCAGUUCGGGGAGAUUGUUGCCCAGAAGAAGAGUCGAUUAUUUGCCAGGCGACUGAAUCUCCCCGAAUCUGCUCGUGUGGACUGACCCUAACCGGUAAUUCAGUAAAAAAAAAUACCCAAGUGCUUUUUCUUCAAUCAGGGAGAUUUUUUGGCAUGGAUUGUGUUAGGUUAUCACUGUUUUCUAUCUUUACUCUUCCUGUAGACUUCAAUAAAAUUAUUGAUGUAUGCAAA